AAUUAAAUAUAAAAUGGCCACAGUAAGUGAAGUAUGUCAAAAAAUUGAAGAUGAUGUUGAAAGCAUGUUACAAAAAUAUGACAAAGAUGGAGACAGAAGUUUAACUCGUAGUGAAGUUAUUGAAUACUUUACUCAAAAUAAAGUUAAGAACCCAAAAAUUUCCGCUGUAAUGAUCUUUAAAUUAUUAGAUACGGAUAGAGAUGACACUAUUUCAAUUAAUGAAAUUAGAAAACAUGCCACUAAAUUAAAUCAAAAGAAUUUAGAAGAUGCUAUUACACGUGAAGUUAAACAAUUUUUAGGCAGACAUGACACAAAUGGGGACCAAAAAAUUACAUUUGAUGAAUUUGUAGAAGACUUGGUUAAAACAGAAAAAAUGGAUAAAGAAACUGCUAAAGAUACUGCAGAUUUUUUCUUUUCUGAAAUUGAUACUGAUAAAGACAAUAUUUUGACUGUUGCUGAGCUUAGAAAAUAUGUCGGCUCCUUAGCAAAUCCACAACAAUAAAUGAUUGCUUUGCAAUGAAAAAAAUCACUUUUAAGGUGAUAUAAUUAAUAUUAAUUAAUAAAAAACAUAGUUUAACAU